AUGAUUCCACUUAAAGAUAAUCAAGAUGUGGCAGCUUUCCUUGUCACAAAACACUCCUGGAAGGGAAAGUACAAAAGAGUGUUUUCUAUCGGUACCCAUGGCAUCACAACAUACAACCCAGAUCGUUUGGAGGUGACGAAUAAAUGGCUGUACUCGGAUGUGGUUACCAUUGCUUCGUCCAAGCAUUCAAAUUCAGCUGCCAAUCAUGACUUUACUCUGGUCAUGAAGAAAGAGAAAAAAGUAGAUUCAAUGAAAUUUUCAUCAGAACAUAAGUGUCUUAUUUUAACAGAAGCCUUUAAAUACAGACAUUUGUUUGCAGAAAAACCCAAAGAUAUACUUAGAUAUCAAGCGUACAAGCAUCACUGGAGCGGCACACGCUUGCCUGUAGUGCUUGAAGUUGGACCAUGUGCUCUAGAACAGCUGGAUCCCUCAACACACACUCUGCUAGCUAGCUAUCCAUACUCUGAUAUCCAAGGAAUUUUGCCUGUAAGAGAUAUACCAGGAGGAUUUGUACUGGCUGUAGGUGGAUACAGUCGUCUUCAUCUCUUCUCCAAUGCACAAGAUCACCAAAUGAUUAUAAACAAAAUGCUCGAAAUGGCCAGUUUAACAAUGAGCAUAAGUAUAAAAGUGCUAUCUACAACAAUUACUCUUGAUGAUUAUCAUAACCAAAGAUUUGGUAAAUACAGUGGUGAUCAACAUCAGACUUCAUUGAGUGAGUUUAUGGUCCACAAGGUGAAUCCUGCUCGCCAUAUGGAACCCAUGCGCAGGACACUGUGCCUCUCCGAUACUUGCAUUCUUGAGAGAGAUCCACAGACUUAUUCUGUUGUGUGUUUGCGGCCGUUGUGCGACGUUUUUGCUUUAGUUCGUGAUCCCGAUCAUCCUCAGAAGUUUGCCAUUGAAUAUUUGAAUGGACAGACUCGCACAUAUUUAGCUGGAGAAAGGGAUGCGUUGCUGGCGUCGCUAGUGGACGGUGUGCGAUCAGCAGGGCAGCGUGACGUGCACGUGCGCUCUUCACGCACGCCGCGCGGAUGGCGCCUCGGGCCGCUGCACCACGCCGUGGACGAGGAGACCGAGGCCAACCACCUCAAAUUGUUUCAAAAUCCAGUAGGAAUGUCAAGAUCAGAAGUUAUCGAGCGUUUUAAUGCGAAUGUCGGUUAUAGCGGCCUAAUAUACUCCGUCAGUCAGGAUAGGCUGUUCGCGGAGAACAAGGAGAAGCUGAUUACGGGCGCGCUGGCCGCCGUCAUGAGCAGCGCGCCCGCCGCCGGCGGCCUGUCGCUGCGCGAGCUGGAGGCGCAGUUCCACGCGCUGCGCCGCCUGUGCGCCAGCAAGGUGGGCUUCGCGGCCUUCACCGCGCUGCCCGGGUUCCGCGAGUGGAUGGGCGCGGCGGUGGUGAGCGCGCUGCGGCGCGAGUGCGCGGCGUGCUCGCACGCGGCGCUGGACGCGCUGUGCGCGCUGCUGCAGCCCAUGCACGCCGAGCCCGACCUGCGCCAGGAGCAGCUCAACAAGGCCAGCAUGCUGGCCUCCGCGCCCUUCCUCGACGGCCUACUGGCCAUGUGGGCGGCGCACGUCACGGCGGGCACGGGUGCGCUAGUAGUGGCGGCCAUGCUGGACUUCCUCACGUUCGCGCUGUGCGUGCCCUACAGCGAGACCACGGACGGGAAGCAGUUCGACCAGCUGCUCGAGAUGGUGGCCAGCCGCGGACGUAUCAUCUUUAAGCUUUUUGAGCACCCGUCGGCGGCCGUGGUGAAGGGCGCGGGGCUGGUGGCGCGCGCGCUGGUGGAGGAGGGCGGCGGCGGCGUGGGCGCGCGCGUGCAGGCGCUGGCGCUGGCCGAGGCCGCGCUGCCGCGCCACCUGCUGCACGCGCUGUUCGCGCCCGCGCGCCUGCAGCGCCGCCACCUGGCGCGCCACCUCGUGGCGCUGUGGCUGGCCGACCACCCGCCCGCCGCCGACCUGCUGCGCCGCAUCAUGCCGGCGGGGCUCCUGGCGUUCCUGGACAGCGGCGCGGCGCCGCCGGCCGACGCGGAGCAGGAGCGCGCGCCCGAGCGCGACAACCUGCAGCUGGCGCAGGCGGCCGCCCGCGCGCGCGCGCCGCACUGGGAGGCGCUCGAGCGGCAGGUCAAGUACGUCGAGAAGCACCUCGAGCACUACGCCUCGCUGGCCAUGCAGCACUGGGCACAGCGCACGCGCGGCGCGGAGCCGCGCAAGGAGCUCCGCGACCGGCCCGUGGUGCUGCGGCGACGUCGAGAGCGAGUCAAGUCCACCGCCAACUGGCCCAUGUUCUACUACCAGUUCCAUCGUGACCACGCGCUGCCCAAUCUCAUAUGGAACCACACUACGCGUGAGGAGCUUCGCGCGGCGCUGGAAAACGAAUUGCGCGCGUUCGCGUCGGACCGCGAAGUGGCGGGCGGAGCCCUCACUUCCUGGAACCACGCCGAGCUGGAGGUGCACUACCAGUGCCUGCAGAACGAGGUCAAGAUCGGCGACUACUAUCUGCGCAUCCUGCUGGAGCAGCGUGACAAUGACGACAGUCCUAUCCGCAAAUCGUACGAAUUUUUCAACGAUCUGUAUCAUCGAUUUUUGUCAACACCUAAAGUGGAAAUGAAAUGCAUGUGUUUGCAAGCUAUGUCUAUCGUCUACGGGCGCUACUAUGAAGACAUCGGCCCCUUUGCCGACACCAAAUAUAUCGUCCAAAUGUUGGACAGGACAUGUGACAGAAUGGAGAGAGACAGACUUGUACAGUUUUUAUCAAAACUUAUUCUACAUCGGAAGAAUGUCAGUGAAAUAUUGGAAUGGAAUGGUAUAAGGAUACUCGUGGACCUCAUGACGCUGGCGCACUUGCACACGUCGCGAGCGAUGGUGCCGGCGCAGAGCAACGUGAUCGAGGGCCCCGCGCAGAGCAGCGAAGGCGACCGCGAGUGGUACUACAACGUGGAGCAGGGCGACAAGGUGCAGAGGAAGGGCCCCGUCAGCUUCCAGCAGUUGAAGGAGUGCUACAAGAGCGGCGAGAUCAACAACAAGACGAAGUGCUGGGCCAAUAGCAUGGAGGGCUGGCGCGCCCUGGGCAGCGUGCCGCAGCUGCGCUGGAGCCUGGCGGCGCGCGGCUCGCCCGCGCUCACCGAGACCGAGCUGGCUGCCACCGUGCUGGACUUGCUCAUCGCCUGCGCGCGCUACUACCCCAGCAGAGAUGAAGAAGAUGCAGUAAUAAGACCGCUUCCUCGAGUAAAGAGAUUUUUGUCUGAGCCUGCUUGUCUAGCGCAUGUAGUUCAACUACUGUUGACUUUUGACCCCAUACUUGUUGAAAAGGUAGCAACAUUACUUUAUGAAAUAAUGCAAGAUAAUCCAGAAAUAUCUAAAUUGUACUUGACCGGUGUCUUUUACUUUAUGCUCCUGUAUACUGGUUCUAAUUUAUUACCGAUCGCGAGGUUCUUGCGACUUACACACAUGAAACAAGCAUUUCGAGCUGAUCAGAGCAGUUCCGAUAUCAUGCAGCAAUCUAUCUUAGGCCAAUUACUCCCAGAGGCUAUGGUAUGCUAUUUGGAGAAUCACGGCGCGGAAAAAUUUGCGCAAAUCUUCCUUGGUGAAUGGGACACACCAGAGGCCAUAUGGAAUUCUGAAAUGAGACGCAUGCUGAUAAUGAAGGUGUCGGCGCACAUCGGCGAGUUCACGCCGCGCCUGCGCGCGCACAUCGCGGCGCGCUACCCCUACCUCGCCAUCCCCGCUGUGUGCUACCCGCAGCUGGCGCACGAGCUGUUCUGCAACAUGUUCUACCUGCGCCACCUGUGCGACACGCAGCGCUUCCCCGACUGGCCCAUACCCGACCCGGUAGGUCUGCUGAAGGACGUGCUGGAGGCGUGGCGGCGCGAGGUGGACAAGAAGCCGGCGUCCAUGACGGCGGAGCAGGCGUUCGCGGCGCUCGGCCUGGAGCCCGGCCAGGACGAGGCGGCCGUGCGCAAGGCCUACUACCGCCUCGCGCAGCAGUACCACCCCGACAAGAACCCCGACGGCAGGGAUCGUUUCGAGGCUGUGAAUCAAGCGUACGAGUUCCUCUGUAGUCGAAACGUCUGGAGUGGCGAUGGGCCUAAUACUAAUAAUAUUUUGCUCAUACUUCGUACUCAGACAAUAUUAUUCCAGAGAUAUUCCGAAGUGCUGGCGCCGUACAAGUACGCGGGCUACGGCGCGCUGCUGCGCACGGCGCGGCUGGAGGCGGAGGCGGAGGCGCUGUUCGCGCGCGACGCGGCGCUGCUGCCCGCCGCCUGCGAGCUGGCGCACGCCACGCUCGCCUGCUCCGCGCUCAACGCCGAGGAGCUGUGCCGCGAGCGCGGCCUCGAGGUGCUGCAGGAGGCGCUGUCCCGCUGCGCGGCGGUGCUGGGCGGCAGCGCGGCGGACAGCACGGCGGCGGCGGUGUGCACGCACUGCGCGCGCUGCUUCGCGGUGGCCGCGCGCUUCCCCGCCUGCCGCGCCGCCGCCGCGCAGCUGCCGCAGCUCUGCGCGGAUAUCGUGCCGCUGCUGAGGCGACCGGAGCUAGGCGAGACGGCGUGCGCGGGCGCGGAGGCGGCGGCGGCGCUGGCGGCGGACCGCGAGUGUCGCGCGCGUCUGGCGGCCGCGCACGUGCUGCACGCGCUGCUGCCCGCCGCGCUGCGCUACGACUACACGCUGCAGGAGUCCGGCGUGCCCAGCGACGGCGACAACAAGCAGGAGGUCGCCAAUCGGUUAGCGAAACAAUGCGUCGCCGCGCUGGCGGCGCUGUACGGGCCGCAUGAGGACAGCACGGAGGAUGAUGAACGAAUGCGUGAAGCGCUGCAUGCGCUGCUCACGCCUUAUCUCUGUGAGAAGUUGGCUGGCGAAGACACUCAUGAGUUGCUGAAGACGCUGACAUCUAACUGGCGCACGCCGUACCUUGUAUGGGACAAUAGUACCCGUGCUGAGCUUCUGGAAGCCCUACGUGCGAGACCGCCCGACGAUGCCCUGGUGCCGCCCCUGCGGUACUCCGCGCACGAGGAGCUGCUGGCCGUCGGCGGCGUCUACCUCUCCAUAUAUGAUGAGAUGCCGGACUACCCUAUCGAGAAUCCUCAACAGUUCGUCCUGGACUUGCUGAAAUUUAUACAAGAACAGACGCAAUUAGAGAUAACGGACGAGAUAGCCGACCACAUCACAUUAGCAUUGAAUGCUCUGGCCAAUUGUAUAAUAAAAAAUCCAGGCGUGGAGAUCCAGUGCAUCGGUCACUUCGGAGUCGUGUUCGGUCUGAUGGCGGGCCGCGAGGACGCGUCGCAGGCGGCCGUGCGCGUGGCCACGGCGGCGGCGCGCUGCCGCGAGUGCGUGGACGACGUGGCGGCGGGCGCGCUGCUGGGCCUGCUGCUGCCGCUGCUGGCGCCGCCGCCGCGCGCGGACGCGCUGCGCGCGCUGGCCGCGCUGCUGCCCGCCACGCCGCUCGUGCGGGAGGCGCUCGCCAAAGGUGCUGUAAUAUAUCUACUAGAUUUAUUCUGCAACUGUAAUAUACCGGAAAUACGGGAGACGGCCGUCGAACUGCUCGCUCGUAUGAUGGCUGAUAAGCUGCACGGUCCGAAGGUGCGGCUCACGAUUUGCCGCUACGUGCCGAGCGUGUUCGCGGAAGCCAUGCGCGAGGCGGGCGCGGCGGGUGCGCUGCACGCCUUCGACGCGAGCCACGAGCACCCCGAGCUGGUGUGGGGCGACGAGCUGCGGGCCCGCGUGCGCGAGCGCCUGGCGCAGCUGCGCGACCGGCAUUACACGAAUCAAUUACGAGACCCAUCAACGGUGUUCGAGUAUGACUCGUCGGAGCAGGGCGAGGAGGCGUGGGCGCCGCCUGGCGAAGUGGUGGUCGGCGGCGUGUACCUCAAGCUAUUUCUGCAGAACCCUACGUGGAGUCUGCGCAGCCCCAAGCGGUUCCUACAGGAGCUGGUCUCCGAGACGUUGUCUUCACUUAAUAAAGAUUCGUCGGAGGGCAGCCGUGGCGACACGUGCGCGCGCGCACUGGCGGCGUUACUGCGCGCUCGGCCGGCGCUGUGCGAGGCGUGCGCGCAGCUGGGCGAGCUGCCGCGUCUGGCGCGCCUGCUGGCCGCCUGCCCGCGACACGCCGUGCCCGUGCUGGCGGCGCUCGCGCACACGCAGGCUUGUGUGACGGCGCUCAGUCAAACGGAUGUAAUGGUCGGGCUCAAGACUGCCGUGAAGUCGUGUCAGGAAGUAGUCGGCACCGCUUGCGACGCGCUGGCCGCCAUCUUUAAUAGCACUGUAAACACUGAUAAACUUGUGCUGCAGGCGCUGGAGUGCGAGCUGCCGGGCGAGCUGCUGGCGGUGCUGGAGGCGCGCGCGCUGGAGGGCGGCGCGGCGGCGCGCGUGGUGGGCGCGCUCAAGGCCAUGAGCCGCGCCGGCCCGCACGCCGAGCGCGUGCGCGCGCUGCUGGCGCGCUCGCCCGUGUGGGGCCAGUACGCGGCGCAGCGCCACGACCUCUUCAUCUCCGCGCCCGCGCACCACACCAUCGCCGCGGCCCCGCAGACGGCGGGCUACCUGUCGGCGCCGCCCUCCGUGCCGCCUACGCAGCCGCCCCCGCUCGAAUGACUGCGUCCGCCCUCCACUUGCGUCCUUUCACAACCGACAAUCGAGCUACUCUGUCGUAAUUGCAUCUGCUAACGUUACUAGACCGUAUAUUCGAAAUUUUUGGGCUUAAAAUGGUUGCCAAAACCAGUUAAACUAAAAUAUAGUUAGCUGAAGAUAAUUUGUUCAUCGAAAACUGAGUUCCGAGUGCAAGUGCACGUUAAAAAAGUAUUAAAGAAUGCUUUAAAUAUUAAAUCAUUAGAUUCUAAUAUUAAUUUUAAAUAAAAGCUUAGAUUUUCAGGUAAAUUAAAAAAUGAUAUUAGCUGAAAAUGUUUUUCUUUUGAAAAUUCGGCAUUUGCAUAAAUUUACUACUAUUUUGACGUGUAUUUGUACCUCAGUCUUUAUGUACUUCUUAUAUACAAUUUUUACGGACUAUAGAACUAUUUUGAAAUAAUUUUUGUUUCAUUACAUUUUUAUUCACACCAAAAAUUAUAAUAAAUUUAUAUAUAUUUUAGUAUAAAAAGUAAGUAGUAAUUCAUAUGAAAGAAAGAACAUACAAUCAAUUAGAAUAAUUCCUAUUUGGCAAAUAUAACAAUAAUAAAAAAAAAAACUGCCAAAUCGCACUAAUAAAUAUUAUAUUCUAAAUUAAUAAUAUAUAAAAGGGUAACUACUAAAUUAGCUUAAAUUUCUGUAUUUAGGAAUCGUAUCUGCUAAUUAUAUAUGUACAGAUCACUGUUUUAAUCAUAUAGUAAAUUGUUUUGAGAAAAAAAUAAAAAUUAAUGAAUAAA